CGUAGUUGUAGUUCCUGUUUGCCGCGUAACACUGGCAUGAGCAUGACUGAGGAAAAUACUGGUCCGAGCUCCACGAUAACAAUCGAGGACGUUCAGAAUCUUGUCAAAAGGAAAGACGAAAUCGAAGAACAAAUUAAAGCGUACUACGAUGUGCUGGAAGAUCAAGGUGUCGAUAUGCAAGGGCCUUUAGUGGACAUGGAAGGCUACCCACGGGCAGAUGUGGAUCUGUACCAGGUCCGAACUGCGAGACACAACAUCAACUGUCUGCAGAAUGACCACAAAGCGAUCAUGCUGGAGAUUGAAGAAGCCCUGCACAAACUGCAUGCGCGGGAAAGGGCCAAGCGGGAGCAGGAUGAGGCAGAGGCUCAGGCAGGGGGUCCAUCAGAGAUCAACAGCCUGCCUCCACCCUUUGCCCGGGUUGACACCAUCACACAGGGAUCCCCAGCCAGCCAAUGUGGCUUGCGAGUUGGUGAUGAGAUUAUCGAAUUUGGCUCUGUAAACACUGAAAACUUUCAGAACCUUCACAACAUUGCUUCUGUGGUCCAGCACAGUGAAGGGAAACCCCUGAGUGUCACUGUGGUUCGUAGCGGUCAGAAAGUCCAGCUGUGCCUGACCCCCCAGCAGUGGUCAGGGAGAGGCCUACUGGGAUGUAACAUAGUGCCUCUUCGGAGAUGAAGAACAAUCUGCACCCCACAAGAUGGUUCUUCAGACCUUCACUAGACCAUCAUGGUGGGAUACAUUUUGUAGUUGGGUUGUUAUAGAUUCAAAGGUUGAACGAGGAAGUAGUUUUUCAUACCAGAUCAACUGGAUGGGGUUAUAUUGAUUUUUUUUUUUUUUUUUUUUAAAUUGUGCCAUCUGGGAAUGGGGGCCAUGCUGUGACAAUUGUAUAAUUUAAAAUCAAACUAGGACUGCCCAUCAUCUGUAACAAUGCUGGGAGUCAGUCAAAUUGAGAUUUGAU